AUGACCGCCUCACCGCCCCCCGUGAUCGUCGGGCUCCCAGUGGACAGUGGGCGCGCCCUUUCUGGGCAAUGGAAUGGCGCUGCUGGCUUCAAGGAACUCGGCAAGGGUGACUACGGCAAAGGUCGUGGCAGUUCCAAGGGCAAGGGCAAGGGCGCCAAGGAGGUUUUUGCGUUCGAGCAGCAGAUCAAGACUACCAGAGAGGAGCUGGAGAAGGCCGACAAGGAGUACAAGGAGGCGGUCAACCUGCUCAAAGCGGUUGCGAAGCGCACGGGCAUCCUCGUCAGAGGAGUGCGCGAUCUCGCCAAGCAGCUGUUCGGCCAGAUCUCGGAGCACGCCGAGCAGGAGGUCAAGCUGCUCAAGCUGCGUCCGCCGCCGAGCCAGGCGGCGUCGCUCCUGCAGCCUCUGAGCCCAGUUCCGCGGCAGGCGCUGGAGGUCGAGGGCAGGGCCAUCGCAGUCAUUGCGCGCGUGCCUGGAUGCGCGGCGUUCUGCGUCAUCUCGUUUUACUUUGUUCACAGCGAAGGCCGACAGGUGCUGGCGGCGCCGGCGAGUCCUGCGGCCUCAGCCGAGCUGGCUGCCGUUCCGAGCUGGUCGCGCUUGUUCAGCGAGGCCGCGGGCUUAGCGCGCCAGGCCCGUAGCCCUGUGCUGGAUCCGACGCUGGCUUCCGAUUUUGACCGCUUCAUCGGUGACGUGGCGAUUGCCUGCGCGUCUAAUAAGGCCACCGCCGCGGCUUCGUCGCGGCGAGAGCGGCAAGAGCGGGUGCGCGCGGGGCUCGAGAAGGGAGGCAAGCGUGCCCAGAAGGAUGCUGUCUGCAGGGCUAUCAGGUGCAAGCUCGCCAUGGAUAGGAUUGGGCUGGUCUCCAGCUCCAAGUUCGUGGCCGACGAAUUGGUUUCUCAGUUAGGAGCCAAGCGCUCUGCUCAGCUCGAGCAGAGGCCGGCCGCCGACUUCAGGAAGACGAAGCGCUUGCAGAAGCUCAGCGAGCUCGGGAUCGGACUAGUGUUGAGGGGCGAGCGGCUUGGCCUGAAGGCGGCCUCCUCGAUCGAGGGCUGGUGGGAUACUGCAGCUAUGGCGUGCCGGGCUCUCGUGGGGUUGGCACUGCUGGCUGGCUUGGCCGCCGGGCUGUCCCUGCGGGAGGCGGGCCCAGAGCUGCAGCAGGGCGACGCCGACGCCGCUGUCGGGCCCACGAACCAGGCCGAGCACGAUCGCUCCGAGCAGUAUCAGCGGCAUAGCGAUCUCGACGUAGACGAGCUCGAGCUCGACAGGCAGGUUUACCACAGGGCCGGGCAGCUGCUGGGCGAAUCCCGGGGCAUGCACCACUCGAGGCACAUCCUGCAGUUUGUCAUGGCGCAUCCCAGGGCUCCAGUGCUGCCCCAUGGCGGGUGCCUGUACCUCCCCAGCGACAAGGUCUGGGCGUCGUUUUAUCAGCACGUGGAGCACCCUUUCCCGCCGCUUUUCGUCGACAUGAUUGCCAAUUCGUACUACCCCAGCUGCAACGAGACAUCACUGUCUGGCUUGAGGCUCCCGUCCUCUUGUGGCCUCGAUUCCCUGCGAGGCUCCAGGGGCUGCUUCGACGUAAGAAGCCUCGGCAAGCUGACUGGCGUCGAGGUCUUCGAGACCCACGGCCACGUCGGGCUGCCAGACAAGUGGUCUUACCAUAUCAACAACGCGAAGCGGCAUCAUGUGAAGAGGAGCUCUGCCGCCUCGGAGAGCAAGUGCGGUCGCGAGCUGCCUAUGGUGCCCGAGGCUGCCAGGUUGGAGAUCCCGACGAGGUACGUCGUGUGCAGGCAGUCCGACGAGGACAAUAGCAUCACCGAGGAACACGUGAGGGAGCAGAACCGGUGGGCUAACAAUGCCUUCAGCGGCAAGUCCCCAUGGGAGCAGAUGGACUUCGACAGGGAGCGCCCGCCCUCCGUAGACAUGCAGAUCAGCUUCAAGCUUGUGAACAUAUCCAUCGUGACCGACGCCAAAUGUGCAUACGAGGGGUUCUCUAACGUUGACCUGCUGCACAAGUACAACACGAACGCGGGGGACUACUUCACCAUCGUGAUCAUCACGAACGAUCAGUCUGGCGUCUUGGGCCAGACGGAGUUCCCGCACGACUUGUCGGAGGAUGACCCGGAUCAGAUGGUCGUGGUGUCGUCCGUUGGGUUCCGGGGCGACGCCCAGCGAAACAAUGGGGACAUGAUGUACGACGAGGGGGACACCGUCGUGCACGAGGCGGGGCACCAGCUCGGCCUGUACCACACCUUCCAGGGCAGCUGCGAGCUCGGGGGCGGCCACGGCGACUUCGUCGACGACACGGAGAGCGAGGCGAUGCCGCACUACGAUUGCGUCUGGGACACCUCCUGCGGCAAGGGCGCCGACCCUGUCCACAACUUCAUGGACUACUCGCCGGACACGUGCAUGGUGGGCUUCACGGAGGGGCAGAAGCGCCGCGCUUGGUGCGAGAUGGAGAACCACCGCCCCGGGCUCUACCGCAGGUCGCUGCAGCAGUGA